CUAGCAUGACUUGAAAGAGUGACAAAGCUGCAGAAAUCAGGAGGGAGAAGAAAAAGAAAAUAAGAACGACUGAGAAAAAGAGAGAGGUGGGGGGAAAGAAAGAGAGAGGAUCGUGAACAGGAUGCAGCAGUUUGAUACUACAAGCUGAACACUGGCAGAAAACUGAUCUGAAACCAUCUGAUCUGAUUUCUUUCUCCCCACCUUGGGCCCAUCCAUGUGACGAUACAGGGAACAUGUCUACAGAAAAUUUUGCCGAAAUCUUGAACAAACUCAAGGAAACACACGAGAAAGAAGUUCAAGGCCUGCAAACCAAACUGAAUGAACUAACCAAUGAGAAAUGUCGAGACAACCAAAGAAUUGAAGAGCUCUUCACCAAAAACCACCAACUACGUGAGCAGCAAAAAGCUCUUAAAGAAAACGUGAAAGUCUUGGAAAACAGGUUACGAGCUGGGCUUUGCGACAGAUGCCAAGUGACCCAAGAACUUGCGAAGAAGAAGCAACAUGAAUUUAGGAAGGCCCAUUUUCAAAGUCUUCAACACAUCUUCAUCCUAACUAAUGAAAUGAAUAAGCUGAGAGAGGAAAACAAGAGCCUGAAAGAAGAGCUGAAGAGGUUGUGUGGCCCAAAGGACAGACCGAAGGCUUUCAAAGGGGAGUCCAGAGAAGGGAACUCCGCCCCGGACUUGUCUUCGUCUUUACUCUCCACCCGAAGCAGGAAACUGAGUGCUGGAAAAAACAUGAGCCAAGAAACAGAAGAGGAGUAUCACGAGCCACUGGAAGGAGAUCAAUCUCCUGAACACAGACAUUCUCCAGAAAGCAGGGUCUCCCCUAACAUCAUUCUCCAGGGAGAACGUGUUCUGGAUAUGAGCUCGCAGAAGAGAAUCAACCAAUUGCAAGGAACAAUUGAGCUGAUGAGAGCGGGCUCCCGAACCUCUUCUCAAGAAGGAGAUUACCCAGAAAGUGGUUCCCCACCCCUUGCAAGGAAAACACCACCAUCCCCUCACUGCGACCAAAGUCCCAGCUUUGAAGCUUUUUUAAGGCCCAACAAAUCAGAUUGCUGUGCCUAUCCCUCGUCUUAUGAGAACCUGAGGUUCAGCAAAAAGGAACAGCUCUAUCUCCUCAACCAAAGCUUUGCUCUGCAUCAUCUCGGCCUCCGGAGUAAUUCCACCAGCAGGGAGGGCGAGUUCCCUCACCACCUAUUACUGGCCAAGGAAGUAAGCAGUCGAAUGAAGUCCCAGGAGGAGUGGGAAGACCAGGCUACCAUCUUGGAACUCCCUGGUGCUGUGCUGUACAUGAAGGACCGGCAUCUGGAAAACAGGCUCCAGUUUCUUAAUAGCCCGGAGAAACUCCGCUGCUUGUUGCUACAGCCACAGCAGGAAGGGAAAGGUAGAACAGAGGACAGUUCCGAUCACACUUGGUGUCAGACCCCUUCCGUAUUACCAAGCGUUGGCAAAGACUGCAAAAAGGAAAGGCUGUGUCCAGAAGAUUUGAUGGAUGAUGCAUUACAGAAGCAGUUCCAGGUCAAUAAAGAAAACCUGGAUCAAGGAGAGAAAGCCACAUCUGUGCAGGAUUAUCCCACAGAAACACCCCUGGACUUAUCAGAUUAUGGAAGGGGAAGAGAGAGUGGCACCAACUGGCACCAAUCCUCGGUGAAACAUGAAAGGCAAAGUCCAGGUAGAGAUGAGAAUGAAGACUCUGUUGUUCAGAAAACCUGUUUGUCCAGCUGGCUCUGCACAGCCCAGAAACACCAUCAUGGGAGCAAACAAUUGGAACAAUUCACUGCCAGAGCCAAGGAAAACACAGCAGUUUCUCUGGUAUCUUUGCCACAAGAACUUGCCAUGUCCAAGCCAUCUUCACAUGACUCCACUGCUGACACAGAAGUAAAGAUGCCUUUUGGAGCGGAGAAUCAAGACACUAAGCAGCCAGAUAAUGGCGAUACUGACUCACUAAAGGAUGACUCUGAUGAGCCUGACGUAUCUGAGAGUGAGAUGGUUGGUACUCGUGAAGACAAAGGUCUCCAAGGAGCUUCUGUAAAAGAAGAACACUGCUGUGCAACUGAGAACAUGGAGCAUUUGCAAAAGAAACGGAAAAGGGGACAUGACUCAUCGGCAAAAGCCUACAAGAAGUCAAUUCAAGGAGGACAGAAUGGUAAAGCCAUCCAAGUCCCACCUGGCCCACAAGAUACAAAGGAAAUGGCAAACCACAGUCCUGCUUUCAGACAUGAGGACCAUGAGGAGACAUAGCUUGAAAACACUUCUUUAUUUGGACCUAUUUUGUAGCCUAAGCUGCAAUCAAAUACAGUGGAACCUCAGGUUACGAACGCUUCUGUUAACGAACUUUU